AUGGCACAACAGUCGCUGACGCCGCGACAGGGUGUGAUGCCGCAGAAGUUACGCUCCGAAAGGCGUAUCCUGGGUGAUUUGUCCAAUACACAAUGUCCUGGCACGCACAACGGUGGCUGUGGCGGAGAGAAGCGCGAAGCCAGCGGACGCCCCAAGCCCACGCGGGACGCCUUCCGCGUUUUCACCGGAGGCGAGAACGAGAAUGAGCCGCCGCCCAAAGAGGUGAAAUCCAGCGAGACCAGUGUAAGGUGGAGCGACAUUGCAGAACUGGGAUUUGAGGAGCUCCCAGAUAUCGAUUGCUUUGCAAAUCCUGAGCCAACUGAUGCUGCGAAGUAUUGGAAACCCUUCUGGGAGGGCGGCCCCGCCGAUCCCAGAGUUCUGGCCGAUGGCCUGGCGAAUACCAUGGACGUGGCGGAUCUGGAGGCGCAACGUAUGGAUGCCCUCAUCCGGGAGUCUGACCCGCUGUCAUGGCGGGAGCUUCGCAGGACUAUGGAGCUACAGGACAACGAAGACAUCGGCGGCGUCGUGGUGGCGCUGCAGCUGGUGGGAGGUGAAGAACGACCUCAGGUGGGAGACGCAGAAUUCGGCCACCAACCUGGGAUCUAUGCAGCGACAACUGGCAACACCCAAGGUGAUCGCGCCAGUGCUGCUGGAGCCGGGUCGUUCGAUCCUUCUAUGUCGUCUACAUCGAUGCCAAGCUCCAUGGUGAACAACAUGAGCCCAAUGACCAACACCCCUGCGGGCUUUUCGAUACCCACCACAAGGACGACGUAUGGAGCCUCUGGUGAUGGAAUGAACUAUGGGUUGGGUGGACUGUCCUACAACCCGAUGGGCUAUGGACCGCAAGCCUACGGCUAUGCUGCAAGUCCUCUUGGACCUUUCCAACAACUUGGAAGCCAAGCCAAUGGAUGCGCAAGACAUCAGGACGCUUCGAGUAGACAGCCUGGUGGCAUUCCUCCUGACCCUCUUCAAGCUGCUGACCCAUGGAGAGGAUAUCAACCCUCGACUUCGACCAAUGCGAUGCCAGUUCAGACCGCCCAGGACUUUGUGAACGGCCUGAGAACUGGUGUUCAAGAUGCUCGAGCCAGACCAGUGGCAUCAGCGUUUGAAGCGCUUGGGAAAACGGUGCCUACAUCACCAACUCCGGAUUCAAGUCCAAAUCAAUCAAGUUCUACGGAAGACUGGUUCAAGAAGUUGGUGGAGGCCUUAAGUGGGGACAAGCGUGCUUCAGUACCACCUUGGUCAGGAGCACCUUCUGGCUUGAGGAGUUGGUUGAAGCAGCUUGGAAUGUGGGAGCAGGAGACAACCACUCCGAAAUCUCGUUGGGGCAUAAAGCUGUAUUCAGCUUUGGGAGAAGAGGCAAGACGCAUAGCAGAUGUGGUGCCCCCAGAAACUUUGACUACGGAAGCUGGAUAUGCUGCCAUACUCACCACCCUCAUGGCUCGCUACAAACCAUACCUGGAGGCAAUUGGGCCUCAGUCGGUGGACAACUUUGUCUACAGUGGUGAUCGAGCCCGUGGUGAAACUUUUGCAGCUUUCUUAUCCAGAAAGGAGGUUCAAAAGCAGGAGCUUGAAAGCCAACUUGGAGGUGAAGUCCUCAAUCCUUUGGUAGCAGGACGAAUUCUACUACGUCAAGCUGGACUUUCCGAACAACAACAGCAGAUGAUAGCUUUGAAGACGCAUGUGCUCUUGUCGUAUGAGGAGGUGGUCAACGCACUACGACCUUUGGAUCGCCUGGAAACUCUUUCGAAGGCAGCUGCUCUUCCUGGUGCAGUUCCAGUACAGCGUACUUUUCUACAAGCUGGUGAAGAUGCUGAUGGAACUGAAGAUGAAGAAGAACCAGAGGAGGAAGAAGAGGAGUACUCAGACUCCGAGCUGGCCGACGACAUGCUUCGGUUUGAAGAUAGAGAGUUUGACGAAGCCGAGGCGAUCUAUGUCCAGGCUUACAAUGAUGUGAGAAAGGAUCUGAGGACCAGAAAGCGAGAAAGGGGCUUUGUCCGACACCGUGGCAAUGGUGGUGGACGUAGAAGCCAUACCAACAAGAAGCCCAAAGGCAGAGGGAAAGGUAGAAAGAAAGAUGGACAUGGCCGGAAAGAUGAUUCGACCAUAAAAGGCACUGAGGCAGAACUGAUGGCGAGGACUAGAUGCUUUUCUUGCCAAGAGCUAGGGCACAUCAGUCGGAAUUGCCCGCAUAGAGGCAGUUCCAAAGGUACACAAAAGAAGCAGUUUGUAACUGUUGGAGGAACAGGUUCUUCUACCAGUACCUACAUGUUUCAACAGUUGCAACCGAUGCCAUUUCCACCACCACAGACCACACUGAUGCGUGCGGUCUAUGCCGGAGUUCGAGUACGAGCCUUUGAAGGUGUUGUCGACACGGCUGCUGAAGAAGCCGUGGUGGGAAGCCAAAGCUUCAAUGGCAUGCGAGAAGAGUUGCGAGCAGCUGGAUUGCGACCUGUUCCAAUUCGCCGCCCCUCCUCACAAUGUGCGGGAAUUGGUGGCGCUGCUCGACUUUGUGGAGCUUUUGAUGUGCCCACCUCAAUAGCUGGAGUUCUCGGCAUUUUGAGGUUCACAGUGAUCGAAGAUGGAGAAGGUCCCAAUGGUUUUGUCACACCACCUUUGAUUCCCAUUUCCUAUUUGGAGACGGUGGGUGCCAGCCUUGACCUUCAGUAUGACACUUACGUGACUGCCGAUGGCCACACAACGCAGAUGAGAAGACUUCCAUCUGGCCAUCGAGCAAUUCACAUGUUCGACUUCGAGACCACGCCAUGGAAGUUGCCUCAGAACCUUCAACAAAAUGGCCAUGACCCUUUUCUUUUACAUCCACGUUCUUCGCACUCAAUUUUGGGAGGUGGUGAUGCUGCGCGUGAUCAACGAGGUGAGGCUUUGGCUAUUUUGACUUCUUCGACUUCAUCCGGGACUUUGACAUCAAGUUUUCCACCCACAAUCUGUGCGGACGAGACUUCAGGCCGACCAAUGGACGACGUCUUUUUCGAGACCUAUGUGGAAGCCCAUGUCUUGCCUGGAGAAGUUCCGGUGGAAAACGAAACGAGGAGAAGAUCUAGAUCAAGGUCAAAAGCCGCACCUGCUUCAGAACGUGCAGAUUCAGUGGCACCAACAGUGCCAUACACAGAUGGUACGAGCACUGCUCCAGAUGGAGAAUCCACAGAAGUGGAGGUGUUGCAAGAGCUACCUGAAGAGAGACCAGCGUUGCAACAACAGUCUCAACAACCAGAACAAGCACAGAGUUCGGGACAAGUUCAACGACCUGGACAAGCACAACAAUCUGGUGGAGAUCGUCGUCUUCAAGCUCUUCAACGUCUUCGAGAUCAACGAGCACAAGGUGUACCACCAGCACUACCUCUACGUUCUUCGAGUACAUGCCCCUCGGACAAUGUGUCCGAAAGCACAGACUAUGCAGUGGUUCAACGGGUCUUGCACUUUGACCAACAGGAAGAAGAUCCACCAGUGGUGAUGUUCACCAAUGAAGAGGGAGUGCACAUUCCCUUGGACCCGACGCAAGGUGUGCUGUUCUACUUGGAGAACCAGCAGGGGCAGCGAACCUUCCUGGAACGGCAAGAUGGUUGGAGAGAACGACUUCCAACACCCAACCACCUUCGAACCAUACCUCCAGUCCUCUUGACCAAACGAAGGUGGGUGUAUGCCACAAUGGUCGACAAUCACAUGGAAGUGAUCAAUGACGACUGGGUGGAGCGACCGCAUCGUUGCCUGAAUCAACCAUGGUUUGGCACCGUGGUCUUCUUUGAGGGACGACGUGGCGGUCAAGAACCUUCAGACGAUGAUGAUGAUCAAGAAGAUCAAGAUCGCCAAUCAUCCCCGAGAUCGGCAUCAAGAGGAAGUGGCCCUUCACCUACAUCCAGACCGUCAACUACAACGCGACCUUUGUCUUCAUCCAGGCCUUCGUCUUCAAGCAGACCUCCGACAUCGAGCAGGCAGAGCUCUACACAGCCGUCAACAGGACGGGACAUGCAGCCUCGUCCGAGUGCCAGAAAAAAGGGGAGUGUGAGGGUUUUCAACGUGGUGGAGACGGUCAAUCGACCGAUGGAGUUUAGUUUGGAUGAAACUGAUCAUGAUGGAAAUUGGUGCUUGAGCCCAGAGUUGUCAAAGGGUGCGCAAACAGUCACCCUCGGGUCUUUGAGAAUGUGUUUGAAGAGAAAAUCAGACCGUGCUCUUCGAAGCCCAUUCAGCUCUCUGAUGAGUUGGACGCUUUCCAAAGCAGCCCAAGCCUUCGCCAAUCGUCUCAGUCGACGCCAUGGCGCCCAAGAAGAACCAGAUGGUGGCAGCGGGAUCGCUUCAGUCCUCCAUCUACAAGAUGUAUCAGGGAGAAGAAGAACCAACACCUCCGAAGAAGAUGGGAACGGCCAAGUGUCUGGCAGCGUGGAUGCGGGUGAUGACCGCCCUGUUCAUGCUUGUGCAGACAACUCGGCAGCAGAUGGUUCUGGACUAUCUCCAGCAGAAGGGCAAUGUUCUGGACGGAAUUGGAGCACCACUGUCAAGAUCCACAGCCCAAAAGCAUUGGAACGAGAGCCCAAGAACUUGCACUCACCCCGGAGAGUACAUGCGGUGCCGAGCAAAUCCACGACAGAGGUGGUGGACAUGCAUCCAAUGCGGGGCACGUUGGGAAAGGCUGGAAGCCGAUCCGUCUCUGUCCUCAUCGGCAACGGAAGUUCCCCAGAUGCCGGAAGCCAAAAGCUUGCAGACAGUCGUGGGGACCUACCCGGAGUUUCUCCCUGCACCACGAUCCAAGCCGGAGCAGGGCAAUAUCAAGCUGAAGGUGGACGUGAUGGGCCGGAUCGAGCCAGCUUCUGGGAGCAGUGGAUCAAGCCAUGCUAUGCCCAAACGGGCUUCAAAGACAACGACACAGAGAGAACGCUCAGUGUCAAAAGAGAGAGUGCCAACGGGACUUCGACCAAUCCAACCACCCAAGAAGACGGCAGGACCAAUGCCGACCUUCAAUGUGGAGGACGAUGGACCCCAGGAGUUGGUCAUCAACGACGAGGAGAAGCCUUGGGAGCAGGUGGAGAUGGUGGCACCAGAUGCAACCCAUCCAGCCGCCUAGUUGGCAAGUCGCAGCUUGGUGGUCGACAUGGCAGAUCUUUGGGAAAGUUCCUGAGUUCCCGUUUCUCCAAGUUCAUGGUCUUCCUUUGCAUGAACUGCUGCCUGUCGACGGCCACAAUUGCUGCUUUUGGCACGCCAGGCCUUGUUGCAUGGCACAAUGAAUGUACUGAUGAAUUCAAAACUGAGCCAGUUUCACUAUCCACUGCGGACAACAUGACCUGCUAUGUGUAUGGGCAGGCAUUGGCUAAGCAUUUUGCUUACGCUACAUCGGAUAUCUAUGGUGAUGACGCGAAGCUGACGAAGGAGGACAAGAAGUUCGUCAAGGAGAACCUCAAGAAGCUCAACAAAACCAUUGUCGAGGUGUACUCACCAGAAAGAGUGACUGAAAAGGCAGAGAAGUACGGCUUUCGGGCUGGAGGAGCUUUGGACCUGACUACUGGCUGGGACUUUACCAAGGAGACCCAUCGUCAGUCAGCUCUACGGAUGAUACGGGCACUACAACCAGUUCUUGUUAUCCUCAGCCCGCCCUGUACUGUCUUCUCAACAUUGAGGUUCUUAUCCAACUUCAAACGAGACCAACAUCAAGUUCGAGCCGAAGAAGAGGAAGCAGUGCAGCACUUGAAGUUUGCAGUCGCCAUAGCGCGGAUACAACUUCGAGCUGGCCGAGGCUUUCUAUUUGAACAUCCGAGAAGCGCCACAUCAUGGGCACAUGAGGAGCUGGACCAACUUCGAAACGAACCUGGAGUUUUCUCAGUGCCGGUGGACCUGUGCCGCUUUGGACUCAAGACUUCCAAAGGAAUGCCAGCCUUGAAGCCUACUCUUCUUCUCACGAACGUAGAAUCAUUGGCAACAGUGCUGAAUCGCCGAUGUGAAGGCUCACAUGCCAAGCAUCAACCACUUCUUGCCGGCGAAGCAGGCCUUGCUGCCAAAUAUACUCCUGCGUUCGUGGAGGCGAUUCUCAGAGGUCUUCGUCAACAUGUACAAACUUGGGUGAAGAGCAACCAGCAGACAGAAGACUAUUGGGAGCAGGACGACGGGCAGCUGGUGCGACAUCAUCGAGUUCCCCGUCGCGCUCUCUUCUCACCAUCAGGUGUUGCUGGAUGCUCUUCCCCAAGCAAAAGAUUGUCUUCAAAGCGAGUCUCCAACAUCAACUUCAUCAAUGGGAAACACCAGACUUUGGAGGAUGAUUGGAGGAGUGCUGAAGCUCCACGCUUUGCCUUCAGUCAGCUUUGGACUGGAACUACCACAUUUCAACUUCAUGAUCCUAUCGUACUACCUCCUGAUUGGAAAGCAGUGGCUACCUACAUCACACAGGCUGCUGCACAUCCUAUCCAUGCCUACUUGACGGACGAGACCGCCUUGCAGGUGGAUUGGAAAGCAUCGUUUCCAACCCACAAAAUUUUGGGAGGCGGCGAUUUGGCUUCUACAACCUCGUCUUCGUCUUCAGCGGCGGCGCGUGGUGAACGAGCUCUUCAAGCUGAUCAACGUGAUGAACGAGCUCUUCAAGCUGAUCGAUCUCGACCUCGAGCCCUUCAAGCAGAUCAACCUCGAGACCUUCAAGACGACAUGGAUGAGGAGGAAACUUCUGAAGACCGAGUUCAACAAGCUCUACGAGAACUUCAUCUUCCACAACCACCGACUGACAACAUCCUACACCCGGAGUUGAGGAGAGAACUGUUUCGAGUUCACCGCAACCUUGGGCAUCCUUCGCUUCAAGUCUUUGUUCGUGCACUUCGACAUGCUGGAGUAAAGAAGGAGGCCGUGGAAUGGGUGAAGCACCAUUUUCGGUGUGACCUGUGCGAGCGAAAGCAACAGCCCUCUGCACAUCGCCCUGGCAAGUUGCAGAAGGCCAUGGAGUUCAAUGAGGUGGUUGGAGUCGACCUGAUCCAAGUCAACGUGCCGAACUUGGGCGAGUACCUUUUGCUGAACUGCCUAUGUUGGGGCACUGACAUGCAGAUUGUAGAACCAGUGGAAGACAAACAAGCAUCCACUGUGUAUGCGGCGUUUGCAAGGGCCUGGCUGGCUCAUUAUGGUCCCCCUGGUCUUGUGAUUGCAGACCAAGGCCGUGAGUUUGUGGGUCGAGAGUUUGCAGACCGGCUGGGACAUCUGGGAGUGCCGGUACACUACAUAUCAGCAAGAGCGCCAUGGGAGAAUGGGCGCACAGAGCGUGCUGGUGGCAUCUACAAGUCCCGCUUGGAGACCGCGAUCCAUGAGGUUGGGGGCGUGACCAGCGAGGAGGAGUUCAAGACAGCCAUCAGCGAGACUUCCAUGAUGCACAAUCGAUACUACAACCGAUCAGGGUACACGCCAUAUCAACGGGCAUUUGGCACACUUCCAAGACUACCAGCUUCUUUGCUGUCGGACGACAAGAUAGACAAGCAGCUUAUCCUCGAAAGUGGAGAAGAUGCUAUGAAGAGAGCUUGGCGUAUCCGAGAAGAAGCUGGGAAAGCAUGGUUGAAGUGGCAGGAUGAUACUGCAGUGAGACGAGCUGUGUCAACCCGCACUCGAACCGUGGACAUGAAAGCCUUCGAGGACGGGGAGCUGGUCUAUGUGUGGCGCGACAUACCCGGCCACAAAGGAUGGACCGGACCUGGCACCGUCAUAGCUCAGAAGGGAGAUGCUUGUUGGAUAUCCAUGAGAGGAUACUUGAUGAAGGCGAACAAAGGACAAGUUCGAAAAGCAACCUCCGAGGAAAGCUUGGGUGCUGAGUUGGUGAAGCACCUUUCAACUACGCUCUUGGAGGACAUCGAGAACAACCGCGUGAAGUUCUUCAGAGACGUUGCGGCAGAAGGUCUACCAGAUGACGAUGCAAUGUCUGGGGAAGUGAUUGGGCGGUUGGCAGAGGCCGAGGGAGACUCACCCGAAGUGGUAGAGCCCGCAGAGGCAUACUCACCAACCACUCCACUCAACACCUUGGACCGCAUCGACGAGGGUGACGAGGACUUCGAGAUGGACCUGGGAGAUCAACAUCCACUACGUGAUCAAGCUCAAGUUCAACCUGAUCAAGGAGUUCAACCUAUGUUGGAAGAUCCACCUCGUCCUGCACCAUCGGAAGCGAGCACUGCAGAACCUUCAACAGCCGAGGUUGCACCUUCAGUACCGCCUUCAUUGACUACAUCACAACCACAGAGUAGACGGGAAAGCAUGAACAUCCGAGUGGAUGAAGCACGAGACGGAGUUCUGGGUUUUGGUCCAGUUCGACGUGAUCAACAACGACCGGUGAUGCCUUAUCCCUGUCCACCACAAGGAGUUCCAGCCCUACCUCGAAACACCAGAUCUCUAUACUUUGAAGUUUCCAAGGAGCCCAGUGAGGAGUCACCACACUGGAUUCGAGACCGGUGCACUGGUCACUACACCAUGAACAACGCCAGCACGGAGAAGUUCAACAUCUCACAAUCUACAGGCGUGUUCAACUACAAUGACAAGUGCAUCUACCUGACCAAAGCUAAGACCUCACCUGGACAAGUUGAAUUCCGAAAGCUGGAAGAGAAGUACAAGAAGAUUUUUCGAGCUUCCCGGGCCAAAGAAGUUCAAUCUCUUUUGGAUUCUGGAGCCAUCAAGAUCUUGUCCAAGGAGGAGUCCAAGCGGUUUCUUCGAGAGCAUCCUCAACAUGUCUUGACGAGUCGGUACGUCGACCGAUGGAAACCGACGGACGCCUUUGGUGUGCUUCCUGAAGAAUAUGGGGAACCAGGUUUCCUACCAGAACAACAUCCUGGUCUUGCACCCAAAUCCAGAUGGUGCGUUGUUGGUUGGCGAGACCCUCAUAUCCAUCAGAUCGAGAGGACUGCUCCUACACCUUUGACAUCAUCCAUCUAUCUAGCACUUCAGUUGGCCGCAUCGAGAAAGUGGAAAGCAAAAUCCAAAGAUGCGAAGACAGCUGUCUUGCAGAGCCGACCAACAACCAGGUCGCAGAAGUUGGCUUGCAGAAUGCCAGCUGACGAAGCUUUUGAAGGGUACGAUGUGGAGCAGCUCAUCCUUCUCCUCACGGAGGUCUAUGGACUCGUAUCGGGACCAUCUUGGUGGAGAAGAUCACUCCUUGAGAUCCUCGUCAAAGAGCUUGGCUACAGGGUCAACGUCUAUGACCGAUGCGUGCUCACCCUGGACCAGGAGGAGAACAAGGACUUCAAAGAUCCAAACACCCCGACAAGGGGCAUACUAGUUCUUGAAGUGGAUGACAUGCUCGAAGCAGGAGAUUCGGUACAUCGACAGAAGAUGGAGCUGCUUGAGAAGCGUCUUCGCUUCGGAAAGGUCGUCGACUUGCAGAACACCGAAGGUGGAAGUGGCUACGCAGGUCGCAGACUUCGACAGCUCAAAGACUUCAGCUUCGAGUACAGCAUGGACGACUACGUCGCCAACAGGCUUCAGAAGGCCAACAUCACUAGAAAGUUUCUGAAGAAAGAUGCUGCCAAAAUUCAGCUGAAUGAAGAAGAAGAAUCGCAGCUGCGUGGCACCAUAGCAGCCAUCAAUUGGGCUGCCAGAGAAGGCAGACCUGACGGCUCGGCAUCAGCAUCUAUUCUGUCGGGAUGCUUUCCAAAUCCGACGCUUCAGAACGUGCUGGACUGCAACGCAACCGUGGAGAUUCUGAAGGAAAGAAGCAUUACGAUCAAGAUCCAUGCAAUUCCUGAAGCUGAACUUCGACACGUGUUAGUGGCGGAUUCCUCAUUCGAUCCAACGGGAAAAUCCAAACCUCAACAUGGAUGGCUGCAGGGAGUGACUACGCCGGCUUUGAACCGCGGCCAGUUUGCCCCUGUGAGUCUGAUUUCUUGGAGGAGUAAGAGACUGAGGAGAAAAGCAGCCAGCACUACACUUUGUGAAUCCAUCUCCCUAUCCACUGCCUUGGCGAGCCUGGAAAAGCAAGCUGCAACUAUGAAGAGUUUCAGGUUUUCUCGCUACGACCCAAGCCAGGUGGUUGAGGACAUGGACGUGCUGAUGGGUCUUCGUGGACCUCCUGUGGUGAUCUCAACCGAAGAUCCUCGACAUCAAGAUCCUGAAGCAGUGGCCAUCAUCGAUGCAAAGAGCGUCUACGACUCCACAGCUUCAUCGGAACGACAGUUUCAAGGAGAUGAUGAUCGAGCGGCAUUGGAAGCUGCGAUGAUUCAAGAAUCAUUGGCCAAACUUCGUGCUCGACUUCGGUGGCUACCACAUAACCUAAACCCUGCAGACAGCCUGACGAAACUACCCAGUGCUGCUCACAUGGCCCCACUCUACACUUUGUUGCAGAAGAAGGGCAUGGUGAUUCAGCAGGAAGAGAUCGAGCUGGCGACCGGACGACAAGGUGACCGACGUCAGAAAGUUCAUGGUCCAGCUGCGAUGUCUUCAGAAUAUGCGGUAGAUGUGCAUCAGCCAACCAUGAGUGUCAGUCAAAAUGACUCAACACUCACAAAAUUUUGGGAGGCUGAGAAAGUUACAUAG